AUGGUUUUAGUAAAUGUAUUUUCAUAUUGGCUUAUCAGCAUUCUUUUCUGAAUCAGUAUCUCUAGAGUUUUUCUUAGUCUCUCUCCAUUGUAGUGCAAAAUAAUUCUUUUCUUUUUUUCGAAAGGGGUGGGUAGUAGUAGAUAGAGCUCUCCUGGUGUGCUAGCAAAUAAUGACGUGUUUGUUUAAUUGUAGAAUCUUAUAUACCAGUAAAGUUCACACUGUGCAGUUUCAGAUUUACAGAUUAUUCAUCCUCUACCCCAGUUCCUGUUAUUUCUGCACAUUUGACCGUUUGCUUCAGCAAAGUGACACAUUUUCAGUGUCCUGUGCAAACUAAGCUCCAUUCCUUAUUCUAGGCAAAACUUUCUUUUUCAUGACACCCAUCUGUAAUGCUUUGCUGCCUCUCCUUUAGUUGCUUGAACGCAACCCGUUAAUCUAGGACUAGUUAGCCUAAGUCCUUCCUGUAUGCUUUUCUCAACCGUUCUCACUGAUACCAAUUUUCUCAAAAGUGCUAUAGCAUAUGCCACUCAUCUGAGGAUUUAAUAAUAUACUGUCUUAUCAAUUACUUGUUAUAUGUGAGUGUUUUGGCUGUCUAAACUGCAAGCUUGUAUAUAGAGUGGGGUUCACAUCCUGUAAAAAUAAAUUAUUAGCAGAAUCCUUAGCACUUAACAUUAUCACAUCCUUUUGGUAGUCUGACAAAAUUCUAAUAACUGUUUUAACUGCUUAAGCUAGUCAGGUAAGAAGUUAUUUUAUCUUUAAUCCCAAGUACCAAAUAAUUAUCAGUUAGAUAAAUAGAGUUAACAAUAGAGUCACAAAAUAAGAAUUACUAAUUUUAAAUUCCAAAAUGUUUAGGGAGGACUGAUUCCUUCCAUAAAUAUUUUAGUAAUCUUUUUAUCCUUUGCCAAUCUUUUCGGCCUGUCAUUUUACCAGCAAACUUUUUCUGCUUUUAAGAACUCUGUGCCAUUGAUCUUUCUCACUUUUUCAGUCCCUAGGAUAUUCACAUCAUCGGACAUUGCCCUUUAUCACUGGUUUUCAAAGAUGAUCCCCAGGUCUACCUCCAUCAGAAUCAUAUAGAGUGCUUAUUAAAGAAUUCUAAUGAAUCACUGAUUGACCAGCACUAUUUUACCAGUUGGAAUGCAUUAUCAGAAAUGGGCAUAGUGCUUUUAGAUCCAACAUGUAACAGAUGGAUGUUACUGCAUGCUGAUUACUUCUUCGAGCCAGUACUUUUUUGAUUGUGUAGGAUCUUUGUCUCUUCAUCUUUGAAUUCAAUUACUGGAAAAUAAAAGGAGUUCAUGUAGUUUUUGUCCAGGCUUGAGUCACCAUGAGUAGUAGUUUAGGAAAAGAAAAAGACUCUAAAGAAAAAGAUCCCAAAGUACCAUCAGCCAAGGAAAGAGAAAAGGAGGCAAAAGCUUCUGGAGGUUUUGGGAAAGAGAGCAAAGAAAAAGAACCUAAGACCAAAGGGAAAGAUGCCAAAGACGGAAAGAAGGACUCCAGUGCUGCCCAACCAGGGGUGGCAUUUUCAGUUGACAAUACGAUCAAACGGCCAAACCCAGCACCUGGGACUAGAAAAAAAUCCAGCAAUGCAGAGGUGAUUAAAGAACUCAACAAAUGCCGGGAAGAGAAUUCAAUGCGUUUGGACUUAUCCAAGAGAUCUAUACACAUAUUGCCAUCAUCAAUCAAAGAGUUGACUCAAUUAACAGAACUUUAUUUAUACAGUAACAAAUUGCAGUCCCUCCCAGCAGAGGUGGGGUGUUUAGUAAAUCUCAUGACAUUGGCUCUAAGUGAAAAUUCACUUACCAGUUUGCCUGACUCUCUUGAUAACUUGAAGAAGCUGCGGAUGCUUGAUUUACGGCAUAAUAAACUGAGAGAAAUUCCUUCAGUGGUGUAUAGGCUGGAUUCUCUCACCACUCUUUACCUUCGCUUUAAUCGUAUAACUACUGUGGAAAAGGACAUCAAAAACUUGUCAAAACUCAGCAUGCUUAGCAUUCGAGAGAACAAAAUUAAACAACUACCUGCUGAAAUUGGUGAAUUAUGUAACCUCAUUACGCUGGAUGUAGCUCACAAUCAACUUGAACACCUUCCAAAGGAGAUUGGAAACUGUACACAGAUAACCAACCUUGACUUGCAGCACAAUGAACUGCUAGAUCUCCCAGAUACUAUAGGAAACCUGUCCAGUUUAAGUCGUCUUGGUCUGAGAUAUAACAGACUGUCAGCAAUACCCAGAUCAUUAUCAAAAUGCAGUGCACUUGAAGAAUUAAAUUUAGAGAACAAUAACAUUUCUACUUUACCAGAGAGUCUUUUAUCAAGUCUUGUGAAACUGAAUAGUUUGACCUUAGCUAGGAAUUGCUUCCAGUUAUAUCCAGUGGGUGGUCCAUCUCAGUUUUCUACCAUCUAUUCCCUCAACAUGGAACACAAUCGAAUCAAUAAAAUUCCAUUUGGAAUUUUCUCCAGAGCUAAAGUAUUAAGUAAGCUGAAUAUGAAGGACAAUCAAUUAACAUCACUUCCCUUGGAUUUUGGAACUUGGACCAGUAUGGUAGAAUUGAAUUUAGCCACUAAUCAGCUCACAAAGAUCCCUGAGGAUGUGUCUGGUCUCGUUUCUCUUGAGGUUCUUAUCUUAUCAAACAAUCUUCUAAAGAAGCUUCCCCAUGGUCUUGGAAACCUUAGGAAGUUAAGAGAGUUAGAUCUGGAAGAGAACAAAUUGGAAUCCUUGCCAAAUGAAAUUGCAUAUCUUAAGGAUUUACAGAAAUUAGUCUUGACAAACAACCAGUUGACCACUCUUCCCAGAGGCAUUGGUCACCUUACUAAUCUCACACAUCUGGGUCUUGGAGAGAACCUACUUACUCACCUUCCUGAAGAAAUUGGUACACUGGAGAACCUAGAAGAACUGUAUUUGAAUGACAACCCUAACCUGCAUAGCCUUCCCUUUGAGCUGGCACUCUGCAGCAAGCUUUCAAUCAUGAGUAUUGAGAACUGUCCACUCAGUCACCUUCCACCUCAGAUUGUUGCUGGGGGGCCUUCUUUCAUCAUUCAGUUCUUAAAGAUGCAGGGUCCGUAUCGUGCCAUGGUCUGAUACAAAUCUGCUGGUCCCACACACUGUUCAAAAAUAGACUGCCAUUAAUGUUUCUUAUCUAUAUCUGUAUCUAUUUAUGUAGAUAUUGGUAUAUGGCAGAUUUAUAAAAAUUGCAUUAUGUGUUUAUGCUAAUAGAGGAAUCAUAGCCAUUUAGAAUUUUUUUUAAAUUCUGUACAAAAGGCUUAUAUAAGUUUUCUUUGCUGAAUAUGAUGGAUGUUUUUCUGUUGUGUAUUCUGAUAUGCCAGUUUGCUUAAAACAUUUGCCAACAAAUUAUGAAGUUAUUAAAUUUAAGGGACAGAGGUAGUAUAGUUAGAUAUACUUUCUCUUAGGAAAAAUAAUGGGCAAACAAUUUUGUUGCAACUUUUCAUAUAUAUUUUCCCCUUACCAAUUGUUGUAUCUUUAUAGUAUUGUAGGCCCUGAAAGUAGAAUUUUUCUUUAACUUAUUUUGAGAUUUGAGAUUUAAAUUUUAUGUAUUGUUUACAGUCAGAGUAAAUCACUGGAUUUUUUGUUUGUUUGUUUUGAUUUGCUCUGUUUUAUUCAGUCAAAUCUAGAGUUUGAAUCCUCUGCUAAAGAAUUUGCAUCAGCUGGUUUAAAUAGUGAAAGGUAUUUGCUUGUUAAAAAAAAAAAAACCAAAAACUGGCAAAGUGAAAAGUUACAGUCGAAAAUCUAGAAUUUCUUUAAUUAUGCUUCUCUGACGAGUUGUGAAGCGAACUACCUGAAGUGAAUCUUUGAGUAGGAGAAAGGGUAUUGAGACCUUUUCUAGUAUGAAUAUUUUUUAAGUUUGGGGGAAGAGAAACUUGUAGUGAAAAGGAGUUUUUUCAUUCCUGAAAGUUGCAGAUCCACAAAAACUAACAGGAUAAUUUGGCAAAUAAAUUACAUAUAAACACACACAAUCUAUAUAUGUAUAUACAAUGCUAUAUAGAUAUGUAUUUAUUAUAUCAUAAACUACAGUAGGUAACUUUAAGGAUUUCUUCCUAUCCUUGUACAAUGACAUGAAUGUCUUUCUUUGAAAACUGCAAUAUAUGUAUGUUUCAAGGUUAUUUAACAGUGUACUAUGGUUUUAUAUCUUGACUUGCCUUGUACAUCUUUCAAUUCUGGAAUAUCUGUGUCUAAGCACAAUAUCUUCACACUGUGCUGUAUUGCUGCUGAACUAAAUGCACUUUUCCCCACAUGUGGGGCACUGGCUUCAAACAAUUCAGUUCAGUAUCAUUACUUUUAAUCUCAUCUUUCCUUUCUUGGUAUUUGUUAAUACAGUUAUGGAAAAGAGGCACAUUGCAUAGAAGCCAUUGGGGAGUUCAGUGGAAGUUCUGUAAGAUGUGCAUGUACUAUUUGAUAUAUUUUCUUUUGCUUCACUGCUUUUAAUACUUAGCAGUAUUGUUGGUCUAAGUCAAUUUGAUUAUUGAGGAGUCUCAGAGCAAGUUGCGUUCUGGAUGUCAUCCUAAAAAACACUUCAUAUAUAAUUAAUAACUAUUUUGUAUAAUUACAUAUUGCUGCUUGUGUUUUUUUUUUUCCAUUUAGUUGGGCGUUGUGUUUUACACAAAACCAUUUUUGAAUUAAGGCUGUGAUAUUAAGAUAGAAAUUUGGACUGUUGUUCUGCUUUUCCUGGCACUCAAAUUCAUGACUAGGUUUUAGAUCAAACCUAUGUUUGUAAUUAGAGAUUUUAUAAGGAUCAACUAAGAAAUGGAAGGCAGGUGAAGAUAUAAAACCCUAGAAUGCUUAAAUGUGCUGUAAAACUAUUGUAGAUGUCACUGGAUUUUACCAAGUAAUAUCCUUUCUUCUUUUUUUUUCCCCCAUCUACUGUGGCUUUUCAGUUAAAAUUUUGUUUAUAAAAGGAAUUUGUUUAUUACAGCUCUACCUAGA